CAUCGUCCUUUAAGUAAAAAGUGUGCUGCAGUUUGUGUUUAAGAUUAGCUGCUAGUCAACUAGCUACAAGUUAUUAAUAUUAUUGCUGCAUAUUGUUCACAUAUUUUCAUAGAGGGAGUGUUAUUGACGUAUAUCCAUAGAGGAAUUGUUGAUACGAGCAUUAUAAUCAAAGUGUUUGAGGAUGGAAGUUAGUUUGUUAGCAGUGAUUUGUUUUCUGUCUAUUCCAACAUGGACGUCGAGUAGUAGUAUUACAAGUAGUAGUAGUAUUACUACAAGCGGUACUUUGUUUUCGGAGUCUUAUGAUAGUCUUUUUGACAGCGCGGUAGAAGCCUACGACAAACAUGACUGGUUGUCCGUCAUCCUCAACAUGGAGAAAGCUCUUCGGAACCGAGCUGCGGUUUUCAAGGCGAAGAAGGGAUGCCGACUCUCCUGCGCCAACCAAACCGCCUUUGGAGAGCCAAUGCCCGGCUUGGGAGUCCCCAUCCCGGGGGUCGGGGCCGUGGAGGACCUGGGCUUCUUCCACAAAAUCCUGCACCGGACUCACUGCGUCAACGCCUGUGAGCGGAGUCAACUUUCUUUCAGUUCCCUGCAUCAAGUCGGCCAAGAAGUGGAGCUGGAGUUUAAGAAGAGGACGCCCUACAACUACUUACAAGUCGCAUAUUUCAAGAUUAAUAAGGUGGACAAGGCGGUGGCAGCGGCCCACACAUUUUUUCAAGCCAACAAAGACCACAUGGAGAUGAGACAGAACCUGGACUACUACAGCAUGAUGCCAGAAGUACAGGAAGAAGACUUUAAAGAUCUCGAAGCCAGGCCACAUAUGGCAAAGUUCCUGCUGGCGAAGAAAUACUACAGCGACAACUCUUUCCAACCGGCAGCCGAAGUAUUUGAGGAGGCGGUCGAUGAGUACUGGACUGCCGAUAAGGAGUGCAGAGUACUUUGUGAGGGACCAUAUAACUAUGAUGGCUACAGUUACAUGGAGUACAGUGCUGACCUCUACCAGACUAUAACAGACCAUUACCUGCAGGUGCUGAACUGCAAGCAACGCUGCUCUGUGGACCUCGCCUUGGCUUCUGGAAAUGACAAACCUUUUGACAACUUCCUGCCCUCUCACUUUAACUAUCUACAGUUUUCAUACUACAACAAACCAACAGUUGGCCCUUUGAGCAUCAACGUCACGGCAUUGACAGCUUUCGAUAUCCAGGUGUCAUGGGAGCCGGUCCUGCAGCCCAACACCAACGGCAUCAUUAGAGGAUACGAGGUAAUGGAAAAACUAGAAGAAUUUCAAACAGCAGACAAUUAG